UAAGGCCUGUCUAGGCCUCAAAAUGGAGGACAGGCUGUUAAAAUGCAAAACACAGUCUCAAAUAUCUCUUUUUUUCCCAUAAGAGGGGAAUAUACUGUGCAACUCUGGAAUAUAUGGAGACAAGUCCUGUCAGAAUCUUUAAAAAAGAGGCUUUAUUAAAAAAAAAUAUAGUAAAAAAGGAUUUGCCUAAAAGGCAGUCCACAGCAAACAGGUCCCAAAUUGUAAUCCAAUAAACAGAAACAAAAGGAACAAAAUAACCAGCAAACACUACCAAAACUGCACUGCUAACAAAACUGCCUGCCAAUGAAUGGUGAGGGACUGCAUAUCCCAUGAGCCUUUACGGGGCUGGGGCGGGCCAUCAGCUGUGAUAGACACAAGGCCCCGCCUCUUGGGGCAUCAUCCACAAAACACAAGGAACAUAAAGAUAUUUAAAGAAACAGUACAUAAAUAUUUGUAAAACUAACAUUAAACAUAUCAACUAAUAUUGAUAAACAAACAGAACAACACUAUGAGAAAUAAUCAAAAAGAAAUAAUUCAAACUGAAAAAUGAAUGAAAUGGAACCAAGAACGAGACAAGGACAGCGUCAACGUGAUGUGUGUUGUUGGUCGAGUGUCAUUGUGCUGUGUACACUAGACAAUAAAUUUGAAAUAAACUGUGUGGCCACUAGGGGGCAGUACUGAGCCUCAAACCCAAAUACAAGUGCAUCAAGACAGUCCGGGUUCAAAACAUGAGUUGUUUCAUUAAUGAAAUACCUGUCACAGGCUUCUCUUCAGUGAACACAGCACACAGUUGGAUUCUUGCUCCUUACACUUUUCACGUCUCCCAUGCAGCCUCGUCCACUUCUUCCUGAUCCGAUUGACUUCACGGGUGCAGCGGCUUCUUUUAUGGAGGACUUGGGAGUACUUCCGGUGCCAUAGCACUUCCAGGUCUGGCGGAAGUCCCACAAAAUCUUCUCCUGGCAGCACCCAUGGACCUCGACCAGCCUGUCCUUCUGGACUACACUACUGUAUUAUCGUAGUAUUUCCCUCCACUUACCCUUUUCCCCGUUUCUCAAGGGUAAAUGUUCUCGUCAAGUUCGUUAUCGGGUUGGUCUACUGUUGCACUUUAAAAUGAACACACACACACAUAGAUAAACACACACACACACAGACCCUAACCACAACAGUGCCCCAUGAAUGACACACACAUACGCUGAUUAACCCUUAGCACUUUAAACCACACAUCAGCCUGCCGGUCAGCACUUCAGGAGACUUACUUAUCAUCGGCACGAACAACAUACGAUGUUUUAGUGAUAUCUCAGACCUAAAUAUUACUUUUGGUCUACAAGAAUACAUUUAAACAUACAAAGACUCAGCACUCUUGACUAUAGGCCAUUUAUCAGCCAAGAAUACCUUCUUUUUAUCGUACUGUCCCUUCUUUCGAGCGGCGCCAUCACUCUCAGCCUUAUAAACCUCGCAGCACAGAAAUAAUGGCAAAAAAUCUGGCUACACCAGGUGCUCACAGAAAUCCAACUUAUUAAUUCAAUCACUCUAGAUAUUAAGACAAAGCAUAGAAAGUUAAAAGCAGCAUGGUAUUUAUUACAAAAAUAGUAAUAAUACCACUGGAGCAAAGAAUAAUAGAAAAUAGGUACUGAUAGGAAAGUCUGAAUAUAUAUAGUCUUUAGGAAAAGCUUACGAAAAAGUUACAGAUGACAAGGAUGAAUGUCGCAGGGAGGCGUUUGAUUUAGCAAUCGAUGUUUCUGACGACCAGUGCCAUCUUCGUCUGUUCCUCCUCUUCUCCUCCUUCCUCUGCUUUCCAAACCAAGGCAUAUUUAUUAUAACGUUUCAUGCCGUGGUUUCACAGCACAUGCACCUGAUUGGCUGGCUAUCAAUAUGAUUGAUGAAUUUUGCUCAAAUUCUUUCCCAGAUAAUAGAGUUCUUUGAUAUUGCCUCAGUUUCCCUUUCCAGGCCAUAAACCCCAAAUGUCCAUCCAUAAAGUAAUCAAUAGCCUGAGGUAUCAGCUCAGCAACCUUUCCCAGGCUGUAAAAUAACUGAGCCAUCAGAAUGUCUUCUGUUCAAUGUUGGAAACAGCUGUUUUAAAAGUGAGGUGUAAGAAAACCUGCUUUGAUUUGUCUUAAUUGUAGUUAAUCUGUUGUUUUAUCUUGACCAAAAUAUAAUGGAAAAUUAAACCAAAACGUACAGAUUUUAUACACCAGAACAACUACCCAGCAUGCCAUGCGGGUGUUCAUAUUUGGACUAUGCCAGAAGAACACUGCCAUUCAUAAUAUUGCAGGAGGAACUGCUGUCUCUCCUGUUCCGCCUGACCAUCCAUUAAAAUUAAACCAAAAUGUACAGAUUUUAUACACCAGAACAACUACCCAGCAUGCCAUGCGGGUGUUCAUAUUUGGACUAUGCCAGAAGAACACUGCCAUUCAUAAUAUUGCAGGAGGAACUGCUGUCUCUUCUGUUCCGCCUGACCAUCCAUUAAAAUUAAACCAAAAUGUACAGAUUUUAUACACCAGAACAACUACCCAGCAUGCCAUGCGGGUGUUCAUAUUUGGACUAUGCCAGAAGAACACUGCCAUUCAUAAUAUUGCAGGAGGAACUGCUGUCUCUCCUGUUCCGCCUGACCAUCCAUUAAAAUUAAACCAAAAUGUACAGAUUUUAUACACCAGAACAACUACCCAGCAUGCCAUGCGGGUGUUCAUAUUUGGACUAUGCCAGAAGAACACUGCCAUUCAUAAUAUUGCAGGAGGAACUGCUGUCUCUCCUGUUCCGCCUGACCAUCCAUUAAAAUUAAACCAAAAUGUACAGAUUUUAUACACCAGAACAUCUACCCAGCAUGCCAUGCGGGUGUUCAUAUUUGGACUAUGCCAGAAGAACACUGCCAUUCAUAAUAUUGCAGGAGGAACUGCUGUCUCUCCUGUUCCGCCUGACCAUCCAUUAAAAUUAAACCAAAAUGUACAGAUUUUAUACACCAGAACAACUACCCAGCAUGCCAUGCGGGUGUUCAUAUUUGGACUAUGCCAGAAGAACACUGCCAUUCAUAAUAUUGCAGGAGGAACUGCUGUCUCUUCUGUUCCGCCUGACCAUCCAUUAAAAUUAAACCAAAAUGUACAGAUUUUAUACACCAGAACAACUACCCAGCAUGCCAUGCGGGUGUUCAUAUUUGGACUAUGCCAGAAGAACACUGCCAUUCAUAAUAUUGCAGGAGGAACUGCUGUCUCUCCUGUUCUGCCUGACCAUCCAUUAAAAUUAAACCAAAAUGUACAGAUUUUAUACACCAGAACAACUACCCAGCAUGCCAUGCGGGUGUUCAUAUUUGGACUAUGCCAGAAGAACACUGCCAUUCAUAAUAUUGCAGGAGGAACUGCUGUCUCUCCUGUUCCGCCUGACCAUCCAUUAAAAUUAAACCAAAAUGUACAGAUUUUAUACACCAGAACAUCUACCCAGCAUGCCAUGCGGGUGUUCAUAUUUGGACUAUGCCAGAAGAACACUGCCAUUCAUAAUAUUGCAGGAGGAACUGCUGUCUCUCCUGUUCCGCCUGACCAUCCAUUAAAAUUAAACCAAAAUGUACAGAUUUUAUACACCAGAACAACUACCCAGCAUGCCAUGCGGGUGUUCAUAUUUGGACUAUGCCAGAAGAACACUGCCAUUCAUAAUAUUGCAGGAGGAACUGCUGUCUCUCCUGUUCCGUCUGACCAUCCAUUAAAAUUAAACCAAAAUGUACAGAUUUUAUACACCAGAACAACUACCCAGCAUGCCAUGCGGGUGUUCAUAUUUGGACUAUGCCAGAAGAACACUGCCAUUCAUAAUAUUGCAGGAGGAACUGCUGUCUCUCCUGUUCCGCCUGACCAUCCAUUAUUUUUUCAGCCCAAAUGGGAUCGCGUCUGAGAACUACACUGGCCAUGUCACACCUCCAUCCAUUACAGCCUCUUGGCCGGGCCAGGAUUUAUCCUUCAUCCCAGCAGAGGAGCCAUUCCAUGCAAUGGGGCAUUAACAACUGAUUACAAAGCCCUGCAGCACUAUUGUCCACCUGCAUAUCGAUACUACGUUCACAACAACAAUCAGCAUUCAUCACUAAAAGCCUUUUAUGGCAUGUUGUCUGCGUGUGUGAAAAAAAUGCACAAUAUAAGACACAGCAAAGUCACAUGACCAUUCCUUCUGACCACCCCCUAGGACCUCGGGACCCCUUACUUGGAGGUGCAUGGCUGGGAUAACUGGAAGAGAAGGCAUGGAUCCUUGGAUGAAUGGAUUAACCAUUUGUGUUAACGGAGUUAUACUGAAACGGAGACAAAGAGAAUAGAAAUGGGAACUGAAGUGUAUUACGAUCAAUAAAAUAUCUGAUUUAUGCAGUUUCUGUUAAUCAGGGCAGUUUAAAUAAUGCAAAAGUGUUCUGGAUGGUUGGGUCUUAAAGAGUCUCCAUUAUAGGGGGAGCCUCGAAAUUAUUUGUGUUCUGCCACCACAGGAAAUGAAACGCAACACAAAGUGUGAGUCAACACCAGAAAAUCAACAUUAUGUUCUGUCAGAACCAAAAAGUGGAUCAAAACUCCAAGUCAAAAACGUGGAGCUAAAGAUCGUUUGACCAAAAACGUGAUCAAAGAAAGCAUUAAACUUUCAGAAAAUUGUCCACAAACGUGGAUGAAGAGUAACAAGCGACUUCGGCGCAUUUAAGCAACGAUCACUCAGAAUGGCGGCUCUCUUUAAAUAAAUGCCAAGCACAUAACUUCAACUGUCGUGAAAUAAGAGUCCCAAGUUACCGAAGAGUUCCAAAACGCUUCUAUUAAUGCCCACUAGAGGGGGAUAUCAGCGUCAAACCCCAGCUACUAAUAAGAGCAAGCACUGAAUCUUUAUAAAAUAAAAACUUUAUUCUCACAAAAUGCUCUUCAAUAACAAUGAAGCUCGGUGGAGCAAAAGAAGCAAAGGAAUUGUCCAAAAACACUCCAAUGGCAAUCAAAAUCAAGUAAAGUCCUAAUACAGUAAUUCAGAAAUUUUGUGAAACAUUGAGCACGAACGUCAAAAUUUCAAAAAUAUGCCAAAAUAAACAGCAAAAACACUCACCAGCUCCUUCGUGCAUCCACAAUGAACUGCAGGGACUGUAGAAGCAGUGGGCGGACCUUGGGGUUGAUUGGCAGGUGGCCCCGCCUCUUGGGGACCACCCACUAUACACACAGCUUAUAUACUGUAGAUCGACAAAAGCAACAUAAAGAAUCAGAAAUGACCAAAAGAAACAUAAGACAUGACACCGACGACAUGAAAACAAAGCUUUCAAAACAAUUAAUAUUCAGAACAGAAGGAAAAGCUCAUAAAGUGAAGCAGAAAAAUGUGUAAAGCUUAGGAAAAAAAUGUACCAAUAUGUGGAAUAUCUCAAAGAUGGCUUCACAGACAUUAGUAGCUGAGCGUUCAGGUAUGUGCUGAAGACCUUGUAUCUUUGAUUGACUUUAUAUGGUGGAGUCGUUCCUCUGGAGCUUAGCAGGACAUCUACCCUGUCGACAAAUUAAAUGGACGCCUUUGAGGAUCUACUGGUAGUUGAGGGGUAAGUGGGUGGACAUCACAGCAUAACACUUUUCAGAAGUGAAGAAUCCCCUUCCCUGGCACAGCCCUGACCCCGUUAUCCUA